GGGCGGGCGUAGAGGGCUGACGGACGCGGCGAGCGGCCAGUACGAGCCCGGAGUAGUCUGCGCUCUGGCCUGGAAGCGCCGGACCCACCGGAGAGGUGUGUUGGCGGCUGGCGGAGUGAGGCUUUGGCAGACAUGGCACCCAACGCGCUGGCUCCCGAACCGGAGAGUCGGAAGGGCAUCCGGGCCGUGUUGCUGGGGCCGCCCGGGGCUGGCAAGGGGACCCAGGCACCCAAACUGGCAGAAAACUUCUGUGUCUGCCAUUUGGCCACCGGGGACAUGCUGAGAGCCAUGGUGGCUUCAGGCUCAGAGCUGGGGAGAAAGCUGAAGGCGACGAUGGACGCUGGAAAACUGGUGAGUGAUGAAAUGGUUGUGGAGCUCAUUGAGAAGAAUUUGGAGAGUCCUUCAUGCAAAAAUGGCUUUCUUCUAGAUGGCUUCCCUCGGACUGUGAGACAGGCUGAAAUGCUUGAUGACCUCAUGGAGAAGAGGAAAGAGAAGCUUGAUUCAGUGAUUGAGUUCAGCAUUCCAGACUCCCUGCUGAUCCGGAGGAUCACUGGAAGGCUGAUUCACCCCAAAAGUGGCCGGUCCUACCAUGAGGAGUUCAACCCUCCAAAGGAGCCCAUGAAAGAUGAUAUCACUGGAGAGCCCCUGAUCCGCAGGUCAGAUGACAAUGAGAAGGCCUUGAAGAUCCGCCUAGAGGCCUACCACACUCAGACCACCCCACUCGUGGAGUACUACAGGAAACGGGGCAUUCACUGUGCCAUCGAUGCGUGCCAAACCCCUGAUGUCGUGUUUGCGAGCAUCCUAGCAGCCUUCUCCAAAGCCACAUCCUAGUAAAAGAAGGCCAGGCGAGACUACACCCUGCUCAUCUCCCUGCCGCGUGAUCCCUGCUCUUAGGUGCUGGGCAGAAGGGAAAGGGGUGGUCACGGGAAGGAAGGAUGGUGAGGGAGGUGGUGAGGGGCUCAAGACGAGCAUUUGGAACGUGGCAGUGUUGUAAUUAGAAAGAUUUUUCUUAAACGCAUAGGUGGGAAUUUGUAAAGUACAAGCAAAGGAAAAGAUUAAUUUUUUUAAAAACUGUGAUCGGAGGGCAUUGGUGCAAAUGAGGAGCUAAGGUAUUAUUUUUUAAGCCAUCAAGCUUUCAUUUACUCUGGACCACAAAG